UUAUUGAGUUGGGAAGUGUAUGCCCCCCUCCCCCCCAAAAUACGAAAUAUAACUUGCCAAGCAGGUGUCUCUGGCAGCAGAAGAGAGCCCAAUGGCAUCCCUCGCUCGCCCCCCGCUCUUCCUCUUCCUCUUGGUGCUCAUCUCGUUCUCCUGGCCCAUGGGGGCUGCGGCUGCAACGUCUCCUAUCUCGGAAGGGCUCGUGUGGAAAGACCGCAAGUAUUUCCAGGUGCCGGCAGACAUGAAGAGGAGCGAGGUGCUAGCUUUCCUCUCUGGGCUGGCCAACUGGGCGUCAUAUGUGAACGAGGCACCCCUGUCAAGGCAGGAGAAAAUGGAGCUCCGUCCCCGGCAAGAGCGAGCGACCCUCCCUCAGCCCCCAGCUCGAGAGAAGUCACCUUGCAAGAACUUCUUCUGGAAGACUUUCUCCUCCUGCUAACAGGACUCUGUCCCCGGAAAGCUUACUUAGCACCGCUGGACUCUCUCGAGAUGAGUACGAUCAGUGACAGCUCUCUUUUGGGAGCUAACGCUGUUAUGUAAUUACAUUCCCCCACCCACCCCUUCCCUUUUGUCAAUGAUUAGUCCCAGGGAAACAAAGCGUCUUGUGGCACC